GGACCUCGCAGGAUAUGUCCUCUUACGUUGGUGCUAAUUAUGUGCCGAGUUUCCUCAUUCCCGUGCUCAUUGUUAUAGGGACAGUCUACUGGCUGUGGAAGAAAGAAAUGGCACGCGUUCCCGGCCCACGGGGCCUCCCAGUCAUCGGUAACAUACCACAGGUGAUCGGUGGACGGUUCGAUCACAAGUUACAAAGGUUUAGGGAUCGCUAUGGAAACAUUUUCCGGGUCAAACUGGGCGAGAUGACCACUGUAUUUGUGUUCGGACUUAAAAAUAUACAGGACGUUUUACUGGGACCUGAAGAGAAUUUUGAGAUGCGUCCGAACUGGCUUUAUAUACCAGAUAAAGUCAUACAGAAGAAAGGGAUAAUUUGGACGAACGGUGAGAUGUGGCAGAGAAUGAGAGACAUAACGACCACUACACAGACCUCUCCGGACAGCAGUCAGCAUACAGAGAAACAGACCAUGGCCGAAGUAAACCACGUGGUUGACCUGUUGAACAAAGGAAGUGAAUCAGAUGGUUCCGGUGUUGACCCCAACAGUCUGUUCAGUUCUUCCACAUUCAACAUACUGUCUGCAUUCGUAUUUGGUCAGCGGUUUGAUGUGACAGAGAAAGACUACAGUUUACUCAAAGAUGGUAUUGCUGAUAUAACAGAGAGAAACAAGACUCAAAAUCCUGUUAACAUGUUUCCGAGUCUGGGGGCUUGUAUGAAACGAAAGAGAGAUGAAGCUAUUGUUAAGGAAAACGACCUGUUUGUAAUUCUUAAGAAAUAUUUGAUCUCUCACGAGAACCGGUGUUGCCAUGGAAACGCAUCCCUUGACCUGAUGGACACCUUUAUACAGCAGAAGGAGCAUGGGAAGGAAACUGACCAAGAAACAGAGAACAACUUCCUUAGGUCAAUACUUGACCUGUAUAUAUACGGGUCAGAGAUGACAACAUCCUUACUUCUAUGGACAAUCGUGUACCUUGUCAGAUACCCGGAUGUACAACGAAAAUGUCAGGAAGAGAUGGAUUCUGUUGUAGGAGAUCGUGACGUGUCGUCAAAUGACAAGGCCAAUGGUAGUCUACCAUACUGUGUAGCAGUAUUGAAGGAGAUCCUGCGAAUAUCUAGUCCAGCUGUCAUGACAACGCUACACACCAAUAAGAAGAGUUCCAUUGUGGAUGGCUACAUGAUUUCUGGACGUUCAUUGGUCGUCUGUGACCUUCACAAACCUCGAUUUGAUGACACAAUUUGGGAAGACCCUUUUGAAUUCCGACCUGAAAGAUUUUUUUCUCAGUUGAGCGAGACACAGGAACGAGUUGCGUCCCUUUCCUUUGGUCUUGGUCCGAGGUGUUGCCCAGCACGGAAAUUAUCUGACACUACUCACUUCCUGUACAGCAUGAACCUCAUACGUCACUUCCACAUUCAACAUCAUGACAAAAAUAUUCAAAUACCUUUGACCUCAGACUAUAAAGGAGUAUCCCUGAAACCCCGCCCAUUCCGUGUAGUAUUCAAACCAAGGGGAUUUCCUGGAAGCCGUGGUUGAAUGAAACUGGACCAAAGACAGCAAUUAAAGGUGACCUUUGGGAGUUAGUAAAUUAUAUAGCAGUGGUACAUGAAAUUGGCCACACAUGGACAGAAAGUCAACAGACGUCACAUGAACCAUAUAUUUAUUCAUGUCCUGGUCAAAAUGUAGAUGAAUGCUUAAUAUAGUAUUCUUUCAAUUUUUGCAUAGCGAGAAUUAAAAAUGAGAGAGACAGAGAGAGGGACAGAGAGAGUAGAAAGAGAAAAGAGAGACACAGAGAGAGAUAGAAAGAGAAAAGAGAGAGUGAGACAAAGAGACAGAGAGAGAGAAACAGAGAGAGAGAGAGAGAUUACUCAAACGAUAAUCUAAAACGUCACACUCAGUAUCGCACAAGGAAACAGAAUAUGUCUCCCUGAGAUCGUUAUGAUGACCGUAAAACAUCCCAAUGAUUUUCUUCAACCUACGUCUCCCUACAUUGUGAGUUUUAUCUGUCAGUUGCCGAAAAUAAUGUGAUAAUAAGAACAAGCCCUUGAAUGAUUGAUUUUAUAAUUUGAAUUUGUCCACAAGUCCUGUAAAAAGCUUAGAGAUGUCAUUUUAAGCCAGUGUGUUUAUGAUGUUUUCCAUUUUACUACUUCUAACAAAGUUAUUCUCAUGUUCAUCAAACAGAAAUUAAAGGCUUAACCCAUUAAACCGUUAAAAUUCGUGCAGUAACUUCGGUAGUUGCGUAUCAACAUUAAUCCAUGGUGUGUUGUGUCCUUCAUAACAUAGUUACUGUUACACAAUUUCUGUAUUGUAGUAACUUUUGUAUAACUUCUACAUUGUAGUAACUUUUGUAUAACUUCUACAUUGUAGUAACUGUUGUAUAACUUCUACAAUGUAGUAUCUGUUGUAUAACUUCAUUCUA